GCGGGGGAGCCGGCGCCGGGGAGCGAGGCGGAACCCGGGCCUCCGGUGUCGCCGCCGCCGCCGCCGCCGCCCCUGCAGCGCGAGCCGCUGUACAACUGGCAGGCGACCAAGGCGUCGCUGAAGGAGCGUUUCGCCUUCCUCUUCAACUCGGAGCUGCUGAGCGACGUGCGCUUCGUGCUGGGCAAGGGCCGCGGGGCGGCGGGCGGCCCGCAGCGCAUCCCCGCGCACCGUUUCGUGCUGGCGGCCGGCAGCGCCGUCUUCGACGCCAUGUUCAACGGCGGCAUGGCCACCACGUCGGCCGAGAUCGAGCUGCCCGACGUGGAGCCCGCCGCCUUCCUGGCGCUGCUCAGAUUUCUGUAUUCAGAUGAAGUUCAAAUUGGCCCGGAAACAGUUAUGACCACUCUGUACACUGCUAAGAAAUAUGCUGUCCCAGCCUUGGAAGCACAUUGUGUUGACUUUCUCACCAAGCAUCUUAGAGCAGAUAAUGCCUUUAUGUUACUUACUCAGGCUCGAUUAUUUGAUGAGCCUCAGCUUGCGAGUCUCUGUCUGGACACAAUUGACAAAAGCACCAUGGAUGCAAUCAGCGCAGAAGGGUUUACUGAUAUCGAUAUUGACACACUCUGUGCAGUUCUAGAAAGAGACACACUUAGCAUUCGAGAAAGUCGACUUUUUGGAGCUGUUGUACGCUGGGCAGAAGCAGAAUGUCAGAGACAGCAACUGCCAGUGACUUUUGGAAACAAACAGAAAGUUCUAGGAAAAGCACUUCCUUUAAUCCGAUUCCCACUGAUGACAAUUGAGGAGUUUGCAGCAGGUCCUGCUCAGUCUGGCAUUUUGUCAGAUCGUGAAGUGGUGAACCUCUUUCUUCAUUUCACUGUCAACCCUAAGCCCCGCGUGGAGUACAUUGACCGCCCACGGUGCUGCUUGCGGGGCAAGGAGUGCUGCAUCAACAGGUUCCAGCAGGUGGAAAGCCGCUGGGGCUACAGUGGGACCAGCGACCGAAUCAGGUUCACAGUUAAUAGAAGAAUCUCCAUAGUUGGGUUUGGCUUAUAUGGAUCUAUCCAUGGUCCCACAGAUUAUCAAGUGAAUAUACAGAUCAUCGAAUAUGAAAAAAAACAGACCCUGGGACAAAAUGAUACUGGGUUUAGUUGUGACGGGACUGCUAACACAUUCAGAGUCAUGUUUAAGGAGCCUAUAGAGAUCCUGCCCAAUGUGUGCUACACAGCAUGUGCAACGCUCAAAGGGCCAGAUUCCCACUAUGGGACAAAAGGGCUGAAGAAAAUUGUGCACGAGACACCUGCUGCCAGCAAGACCGUUUUCUUCUUCUUUAGUUCCCCUGGCAAUAAUAACGGCACUUCAAUAGAGGAUGGACAAAUACCAGAAAUAAUAUUUUAUACUUAACUUCACAUUAUAAUUCAUCUUGGCUAAAUAGUACCUACCAUACAAUCUCAACUCAAACAUAAAUAACUGGCCACAGGAAAAACAGUUUGAGUGUCAUGAAUAUUUAUGAUUGUAAGAUAAGAAACAUUUUAGUUUCUUAGGAGAACCAGAAAAAAUGUUUAUUUAAAUCUCUCUGUGACUUAAAGGCAGAUUUGCCACUGUUUUAUCACCUUGGAAGAAAAGAGAGCUGGGUUUAAUUGUGUAAAAAAUGCAGCUGUUUCAGCUGCUUCCUGUAUCAUUUCGUAGAUCAGUGACUCGUGGUCUUUCACUAGUUUUGGAAUUGAAAGAUUCUUGUUAUACGUAGCCAGUUUGGUUUCUUUAUUUUAACUUCUGAAGGUUAGAUGAAGUGGGUCAAUAUUCCUGCAGAAUUCCUGUCAACUCAAGUAAGUGAUUUCAGAAUAUUAGGAAAACUGGCUUUAUAUUUGAAAUUUUAAAAUAUCUGCUUGCUAUCAUUUGGAAUAAUGCUAAAAAUAGGCCUAAUAAAUGCCCAAGAAAAUUUUCAGUAGGUUUACAGAGAAGGGUAUUUUGUAAUAGUAUAGUAAUGCAUUACAUAGUAUAGUUUUCAAACUAAAUGGAUUUUGUAUAAAUUCACAAUAAUGUGAUACAUACGAAGUCUCUAAAGUUAUAAGCCUGGAUUCUUUAUCAUUCAGCUAUGUUACCAUACCUGCCUGCCUGUCUAGGGUGCUGCUGAUGAGUCCCAAGACUGAGCUGACGCUGGUGACUGAUGAUCAUUUAAAGAUACUGCUUCAACCUUGUGAUCAUCCUAUACAGCAAGAAACGGAACAUGGUUACUAACAUUUCUAACAGCUACUUUGAAAAUAUAAAGCUAUCUAAUAGAAUCACUCCUGCCAAAAAUAUGCUUUCUAUCACGCAGUUCUAUUCAAGGAAUACAGUAUGUUUAAUAUUUGUGACCUCAUGAAUGUGACCAGCACACCUAUUUUAGGAGGAGGUGGGAGGUAUAUAUGGUAGAGUGACAUUUAUACACUUUUAUAUACAGCAGGUUUUUAAAAUAUAAAUAACUUUUCCCUUGAAAGUGACUAUGUUAUUUAAAAAAACUUCUGUAAUUAAGUUUAAAGUAUAUCAGAUAUUUGUGGAAGAUGACAAAAAAAUUCUUUUAAAUAUCAAAGAAUUUUUUUCUAAGUAGGAAAUAAAAACUUUUCAUCAAAAGUACUAUUUCAUUACACAUUUUCAAGAAGGUAGUGAGAUGUGUUGAUGGCUGAGAUCUCUUGAAGUUGAAGAAAAGGGGAGUUUCUUUGUCUCGGGUACCAUGUCCUUAUAUGUAUGUCUCAUGUUAUGGGAAUACCUAUGGGAUGUGUGGUUCUGCUUAACUAAAGAUUUAAGUAGCAAACAUUCAGUAGUAACCAUUACCAAAAAAAAUACUUCUGCCUUCAAAAGUACAGCAUGCCAGAGAUAAGUUAAUGAGGGAUUUGGGGGUAUGGGGAAUUUCACAUGCCUUCUGUGUUCUAUUGAACAAUUGUAAAUGAAUGUAGCAGCAGAAGGUAUGUACAAGAAACAACUCUCCUGACAUUGGGAAAUCACCUGAAAUUUUAAAGAAAUAAAUGUAUAUUAUCAUUUA